CAGGCUUCUCUCCAGCCUUCAUCGAUAGCUCCACCGCAACGUCACUUGGUUCAAUUGCGGUCGCAACCAUGGACUACUCGUCUCUACCACACGAUCCAGAACAUCCUGGUGGUGCUGACCCGUGGGCAUCGUCCCCUCAGCACAACAGAUCGACAUUCUCGCCGCCUUCUACGAGCGACAUUCCAUCUUCCCCGCUCCCUCCGCAAGCUUCCCCAUACGGCCAGGACUCUGAUACUUAUGGGUUCCUAGGUGAACAGGAUUCGCAGGAUCAAGCUAAUAGCUCAUCUGCAAACGGAGAACAAGCACAUCCACCCCAUAAUGUGCCGCAGGAUGAACCGAAUUCGCCUCAUCAGCAACAAGCUACCGCGCAGGGACAUCAGGGACAACAGAGACACGAACAACCACAGCGCUAUCAUGGCCAGCGUCAACAACACCAGCGCCCGCAGUACAAACUACAGGCAAAGGUUACCGGGCUGGAACGCACAGGUCGCAAGGACCCAAUUCUCCGAUUCGACGUCUAUACCAAUCUUCCAAAGUACCGCACCACCCAAUUCCGCGACGUCCGACGUCUGCACUCCGAGUUCGUUAAGCUAGGUGAACAUCUGAUAUCUGCGAACCCAGAGGCUUUCGUACCCGCUGUUCCUCCUGCGAUCACCGCUGCCGGCGCUGGUACGGACGAAGACGAGGCGCGUGUGAAAGCAUCAAUUCAGAGGUGGCUCAAUGUUGUCUGCAGCAAUGACGUGUUAAUUCGCGAUGAGGAGAUGGUGUUCUUUGUGGAGAGCGAUUUUGGUUAUAGCCCAGUGGUACGCAGGAAGCAACCGGCGACGGGCGUUAGACGAAAGGUUAUCAAGCAAUUCGCACCUCCGCCGGAUGACACGCCCGAGCUUGCUGCAGCUCGACCUAUCGUAAAGGCCUUCUAUUUGGGAACAAUGGAAACGGGACAAAAGGUUGAAAAGGUCGUCAAGGCGAGGAGAAGUCUUGGCCUGGCCGAAUCGGAUUUGGGGGUAAAAUUUGCGGCAAUGCACGUGCAGGAGACCCAUCCAGGCCUCAGCCAGGCCUAUCGAAAGCUUGGGAAGGUUAUUCAGGCAACGGGAGAUUUCCACGCUGCACAGGGUACGGCCGAAGCUACAACCCUAGGUGAUCCCCUCACGUACCACAGCAGCGAUGCCUUCAUUGUAAAAGAGACUUUGACCAAUCGCCACAUACUUCUCCGCGAAUUACUGCAGGCUCAAGCUGCAAGUCGCUCGAAAGAAUCAGCUGCAGACAGAUUGAAAGGUAGCUCUAGUGUCAAAAGAGACAAGGUCGAUGAGGCUAUUGCCGCACUCGACGAGGCACGUAGCCAUGAAACUUACCUUUUGCAAAAGUCGCAGCGUGUUACGGCAAAUCUUUUGCAAGAACAAAAGAAAUGGUUCGACCGGACCGCAGUCGAUGUCAGGGCAGCCAUCCGCGAAUAUGUCAUUCGCCAAAUCGAGGCAGAGCGCCGGACCCUUGCAACAUUGGAGCAGGUCCGGCCUGACAUCCGAGCGAUCGACAACAGUGGUGGAUUAUCAAGACUCGGUCGCGAAGCACACCCUGCGCAGCGUCGUGCUUCACUUGCAAGUUCACAGGGUCCUAAGGGCGAUGCUUGGUCUGGCGUCCCAAGACGUCCUGGUGAUGGACUCAACCGAAGCAUGAGCGGCAGUAUUGCGACUGUCCCAGUGCAAGAAGAGGAGGAAGACGAGACAGGCACCGGCGGGCGCAAACGUGCUGCUAGCAAAUCAGGAAGCACAACUGCAGCUGAGGAAGAUGAUGAUCGCAUCGAUGCGAAGAAUGCCGCUAGCAGGUUGGCUACAACAACAUUCUAGUACAGGUUGAAUCAGUAGCCGGAUUUGUCCCCCAUGGCAGACCUAUAUCGAGCUGGCAGUCCACUAGCCCCAUGUUCCAUGUUGUUAAACAUGGAAAUUCCACCUCUCUCUGUACUCUCAAAUCGCAUCAACCUACUAUGGCUGGCGUGCCAAAGCAAAUUGCCAUAGUACCAUUCCUAGACAUGACUACGUCGGAGACUGGCCUACGAGGGU